UCAUUACCUGACUUAAAGAAGAUAAUGUAUAUUAAUGGUAUUUAUCUGAAUCUCAGUCAAAAGUCUAUUAACUACCCCAUUUUAAUCUUCAUUCUCAUCAUUUUUCCUGUAUGAAUGAAACAAAGGAUGGAUAUCUUGGAUUGCAGUAAAUCAUCAGAUUAUGACAGAGCUAAAGAGCUUAAGAGUUUUGAUGACACAAAAGCUGGAGUUAAAGGGUUAGUAGAUGCCGGGAUUGUGAAAAUUCCCAGGAUAUUCAUUCGACCCGAUGAUGAGCUAGCCGAGGAGUUGACCACUCAUCAGAGUAACUUUCAAGUACCGAUUGUAGAUCUUGAUGGGAUAAGAGGAGAUAGGCUACAGAAGAUUGUAGAUCAGAUCCGGGAUGCAUCUGAGACAUGGGGCCUUUUUCAAGUCGUAAAUCAUGGGAUUCCCUUAGAUGUGUUAGAGAAAAUGCUUGAUGGGGCACGAAAAUUUCAUGACCUGGACCUCGAGGUGAAGAAAGAGUUAUAUUCUCGCGACCCAAAGAGAAACAUUAGAUUCUACAGCAAUAUGGAUCUGUAUCAAUCACGAACAGCUAAUUGGAGGGAUACUUUUGCUAUUUCUACAUUAGCUUCCAAGCCUUUUGAUCCAACUGAAAUACCAGAAGUUUGCAGAGACAGUUCAAUGGAGUAUAUAAAAAAUGUUUCAAAACUGGGGAACACUCUAUUUGAACUGUUAUCUAUGGCCCUAGGUCUGAAACCUCAACAUUUAAAAGAGAUGGGAUGCACUGAAGGAUUUAAUAUUGGUUGCCACUACUAUCCACCGUGCCCCGCCCCAGAUCUCACCUUGGGAACUACCAAACACUCUGAUCCUUCAUUCCUUACUAUUCUAUCACAAGAUCAAAUCGGUGGUCUUCAAGUCUUUCAUGAAAAUCAGUGGGUUGAUGUUCACCCCAUUGCUGGAGGCUUAGUGAUAAAUAUUGGGGACUUUCUCCAGGUUAUAUCAAACAACAAGUUUAAAAGCGUUGACCACAGAGUCGUGGCCAGUGGAUCUGUUUCAAGGAUUUCUGUGCCAUGCUUCUUCACUGGACAUGCUACUGAAACCCCAAAGCUCUAUGGGCCAAUCAAAGAGUUGACGUCAGAAGAAAAUCCACCUGUUUACAGGGAUUUUCUUAUUUCAGAAUAUUUGAGCUCAUAUUUUUCUGGGGCUGUUGGUGAUAAGUCUGUGCUUUAUCAGUUCAAGCUAUGAAGAUGGAGAAUAUUUGAAUAAAAUUUGCAAAUGUUGUACAAACUAUUAAUAAUUGUACAAUAUUUGAAUAAAGUUUGCCAUUAGUUACAAAGUCUACAUUUUGACUAAUAUGUUAGAGAAAAUAAUAAUGUAGUUGUGGAAGACUGCCGAUUUGCAAUGUAGCAAGUUAAAUUUAA